GUAUGCCUUAUUUUUAGUUAUUUUACUUCAACUAAUAUUACUUUCACAUUUCUAAUAAAAUUUCGUAAUUAAGCUAAAAAUUCCAUGCUACGCCACUGGCUUAAUGUUAAAAAUAGCUCUCAUUAUGUUGCGUUAAUCUUAGAUUAAAAUCAAAUUUCAUACUCAAUGAUAGCUGAGAUGGGCUAGAGCUUCCAGUACCAAAUAGUUAUUUGAUUGGUUAGGACGUCGAAUCUCGGAAGUUGCCGCGCACGACGAAGAAUAUCAGAUUUUUUUUUUGAAAUUAACACUAAAAUUUAGAUUUCUUUAAUUAGUCUGCAUUUCAUAAUGCGUAUGUCUGAUUUCUGAUUUCUAGCGUUUAACAUUUUUGUUUUCGAUUUGGAUUUGUUUUUCCUUUUUUGUCUAUUUUGUCUAAAGUAUGUCACUUUUACGCGCUUUAGCUGUCAAUUCGCUCUUAUCAUUCGCUUUUCUGUUUUGCUACGUCUGUUGUGUACAUUUUGAAAAAUAUUGGACCACAACAACAACCACCGUUAAACCGUGGCACAUACGUGAACCAGGCCUGUCACUGCCACUGCCCAAUAGUCAUCCAUCGAAAUGUUUACGUGAAGUGCCCGCAGUGUUCUUUCAGUUCGAGAAGGAUGUGCAAGUCGUCGGCAACAGCACAAACAGUAUUUACUUCAAUGUCAUCGAGGUCUGCUGUAAGGGUUACAAGCGUUAUGAUUUCGACUGGAAUCGCUGUGUGCCGGAUUGUGGCAACAAGUGUCAGGCGAAUGGAUUUUGUUUGGACGGCGGUGUGUGCAAGUGUUUCGACGAAUUCGUACUAAAUCAUCGCAAUGUCUGCAUACCGACGUGUCCGCUGGGCUGUCCGCACGGGCAAUGUUACUUGAAUGGCACGUGCAUAUGCCGCGAUGGUUAUGAGCUAGAUCCGACGCGCAAAUUCUGUAUGCCACGCUGUGAGUUCAGUUGUGCACACAAUGAGAUCUGUGUGGAGCCAAAUAAAUGCGAAUGCCGCGAGGGCUAUACCCGAGCACUGCCGCCCAGCACGAUGGGCUGUCAACCAGUCUGUAUACCGGAUUGCGGGUUCGGGCGUUGUGUGGCGCCGAAUGAGUGCGAAUGUUUUCAUGGCUACCAGAAGCGAUUGAAUGGUAGCGCGUGCGAGAGUAAUUGUUAUAUGCGCUGCGAAAAUGGUUUCUGCGUUAACCGCACCACUUGCCUCUGCCAGAAUGGCUAUCGUUUCGAUCUGAAUACGAGCUCUUGCCUGCCCGUUUGUGACGAAGAUUGCGAAAAUGGUAUUUGUCUCUCGCCGGGAGUAUGUCGUUGUUUUAACGGUUAUGUACGACGUGGGCCGAAGUGUGAGGGUAUCUGCGACGAUGGCUGUGGCUAUUAUGGCAAAUGCAUCGCACCAAAUGCUUGCGGCUGUUCGAUUAUUGAGGGUCCUGUACGAACUUACCAACGUUGUGCUCAUGGCAAUUGCAACUCCAAAGGCCGUUGUCGCUGCAAAGAGGGUUUCGUUCGCUUCAUCGAUCAGUGCAUGGAACCAGACAAGGUGACUACAUAUGCAUCGAUGCAGCCGAGCCGUUUGAAUCAGACACUACUGCAAGAAUUCAAUAUGUUGGUCGGCAGGCAUUUUAUGUUUCAUUAUCAAAUACCAACGUUCUACUAAAACUAAUAGUAAAAUACUUGGCAUUUAAGAGCUCACGUAGGCGAAAUUAUAUUAGUUAAUUCAUUUA